AUGUACCUGGAGGCGUUAGGACUAGAGUCAGUCGAUCAGCUCCCCGAAGGCUUGGGGACGCCGCCUCCUGACGACCCACAGAUUUUCUCGGGUCAUGUCGACAUAUUCCUGCAGAGCCUCAUCAGUCAGGUCUGCCAGGAAUAUAACAGGUACGUCGACUCACCGCAUUCUUCACCCCAGCCCCCUGUUCUCGAUCAUCUGCUGCCUACCAGCUCCUCCCGUCGACGCAGACACUGCCGCUCGAACCCGCAAGCCGCCACUGCUCACCAUGCACGUCCACUCGACCCUCUGCCCGGGCGGGACCUACUCCUCACUUCCGCCCACCUUUCCGGGAUCCACGUCUAUCCCGCUCAACUCCUCCGCUUGUACCUCGAGCACGAGACUCACCUGUGGGAGCUGGUCAGCUGGGGCAAGAAUUUCGAUUUCGCCGAGCACCCGAUACCGGCCGGUAUAGACACGUUCGUGGCGAUCUGGAACGAGGACACGCACAGCCUGUACGGGUUCUCGUCAGUCGAUCCCAACUCGGGCGCUAUAAUACUCACCACGCGCCCUCCCCCUCCCGCCGAGCUCCUCUAUCCCACGCUCCUACGCGAGGAGAAGUUAGAAGACCGGUUCAAGCUCUCCCGCGAGGAGCGACAGCUCUUGGAGAGGCUCAAGGCUGACGCCGCCAUGCGCGAGUCCGGCCGCAUCGAGAAGUCUCACCGUCAGUACGAAGGGCGCGAGGCUCGUCGCAAGAGCAAGGCCCAUCUCGGGGCCCACUCCUCGGCCAUGCGCAAGGUCGCCUCGGCUCUGGCCACUACCCUCGACCUCCAAAACCAAGCGGGUCUCGACCUGGGUUUCGAGGCGGGGUCUCCUUCGAACGCGGGUUCCCCGGGGGGGACAUCGGCCUCUCUCAACUCCUCAACGUCCCGGACUUCGCGUCCGAAACCACUCACGCGGGCGGGGAGGACACGGCCAUGGAAUUCAACCCCGACGCUACCGAGGGCGACGCGAACGCUUCCUAAACAUGGACGCCCCGCCCCCGCACCGGCGCGGUCGUCCAGGAGGGCGUAUGUAGCGCCUGCGUCGUGCGCUACUACUCUUCUCUCCUUUCGUACCUGA